AAUGGGAAGAAGAAGAAGAAGAACAGAGAUUGCAUUGAUUUUGAUUCUGAUAUAUUCAUCUAUGGUGCAUUCAUUUGCUUUCAAACAACUCUUUGUAACAGACAGUAUUAAGCACCAAGAAAGUGAGCAUAUGGAGAAACAUGGUAGAAGAUACAAUAUAGAGGGUCGACAUGGUUAUACAAAUGGGAUCCCAAUACAUGAUAUAGCAAUUACCCGCGGUGGAGGAAGAGGCGGUGGCGGCGGCGGCAGAGGAGGAGGUAAUGGUGCCGGAGGUAUUCAUGAUCGAAACUACAUGAAGUUUAUAGCAGCUGCAGUUUCCAUAUCAGUUGCAUAUUUGUGUGGACUUAUUUGAUAUGAACAAUACGUAUAUCCAAGAACAUUAUAUAUCAAUAUUAGUGUGGAAAUCGAAGUAGUUCGAUGUUUUUUAUAAAAAGAAUUAUCACAAUAAUGGGAUGUUUUUGUUUGAUUGAGGAGUUAUUUGUUUUGCAAUUUCAGAAGGGUUUUGUAAAAGUAUGAGGUGGUUGCUAAUGGUUUGUAAGUAUGUGUUUGGAUUAUUGGACAGAUUCGAUUUUUUAUAAACUUUAUAUUUUGA